GGCUCGCUGUGCGGCAAAGAGCAAAUUUCCCUCUGUUAAAGCCGGCAUAAAUGGCACUGGUGCCGGCAGUAGGUCAACCUACUAACCUAGUGAGCGCAUUUAACAGUGCCCCAACGAUACACAAAUUAAGAGCAGUCACCCAAUGCUGUCGUCCGCUUAUCAACCGUUACCCAGUAAGCAUGAGCCGGUCUAACAGCUACAGCUGCUGUUAAGGCUGUUAUGACUGUUAGCAUAGCAUCUUACAGCUGUACAGCAUCCUGGUGGCUGGGGCAGCUGCUCGGCUACGGUUAGUACAUUUUUAGCUGUUGACGGCGGUGCGCGCGUUUUCGGCUGCUGUGUGGAUGUCAGAUAGACCGUUACGUUUAACAGUAUUUUCCAUGCGAUUAGAGUUCGUGGCGUGUGCUGGGCACAUGAAAGAUUACACCCGAAUAUAAAAUUCAAUGUAAAGUUGUCGGAGGCAAUAAAUGUGCACAGCUAGAAUAAGUGAAAGCAACAAUUGCGAAUAUGUGAAACACACACCCAUCGCCAUUCGCAGUUAAUUAAAAUGUGAAUUUGAGCAAUGCAAUUUAAAACAAAUUAACGCUUAGUACUAUGAAAAAUGCGCAAAUUUUCGAUUUAUGUAAACGCCAUAAAAGUGCACAACGCAAAUUGCAAAAAUACCUCAAAGGUAAGAGCAACGACCACUACAGCUGCAACGGCAGCAACAACAGCAGCAACAACAGCAGCAACAACAGCAACCGCAAUUGCAGCAUUCGCGCUUUGCUCAUUAAAUAUAGUGCGAAUCAACAAACAGAAAGGCCAGCCAACCAAGAGCAGCACCAGCAGCAACAACAGCAACAACAGCAGCAGCAGCAGCAGCAGCAGCACCAGCAACAACAACAGCAACAACAGCAGCAGCAGCAGCAGGUGGAUCAACAGCAGCAACUGAGAAGGCAAAGUCGCGUUUAUCAUUUAGUCAUUCACAGCAACAGUAACAGCAAUAGCAACAAAGCAAAAUUGCAAAGCCUCGCACCAUAG